AUGCGUAUUCUAGUCAUUGGUGGGGGUAUUGGUGGAUUAAGUCUUGCGCACGGCUUGCGUAAAGCUGGAAUAGAAGUACGGGUUUUCGAACAACAGAUUGAAAAGGCUGAGAAUCUGGCUGGAUAUGGCAUUCAUAUUGAUCGAAAUGGCCGACGAGCUUUACGCUACUGUUUGCCGCUUUCCAACUGGACGCGACUCCAGUCACUCUUGACGUCUGCCGGGACACAGUUGUUUUUUCGUGAUACUCAACUUCGAGUCUUGGCUGAGAAAAACGACGUUGACUUAAGUGGGAAAUCUGCACAAGAAGUCGAGCGAAGUGGUGUGGGAAGGUUGGACCUUCGCGACGUGCUGAUAGAUGGGCUUGACAACGGAACAACCGCCGUCAUCCAAUGGGGACGAGCUUUUACUCGAUAUGAUCAAUUCGAAAAUGGCCAAGUACGCGCUCAUUUUGCUGAUGGAACCUACGAAGAUGGCGAUCUCCUAGUUGGUGCUGAUGGUCCCAACUCGGUGGUCCGCCAUCAAUUCCUGCCGCACAUAGAACGCCUGGACCUUGGAGUAUCUGCAAUCGCAGGUCGAUACAUUCUAGACGACAAGAGAGUUGGAAGUCUCCCUCCAGAAAUGACCAACGGAGCGCUGAAUAACAUUGUGCCCUCUGGGAGGGGAUGGAUGUUCAUCUCAGCAUGGCGAUCAAGACCUGCUGACGGCGACGAAUCUUCCGCACCUGAGCACUACAUAGUCUGGGCCUACAUUGCUCCCUCGAGCGAUAUACCACAGGGUGAAGGUUCGGUAUACGGGGCUGAGCUACAUGAGUAUGUUCUCAGUUCCAUCAAAGGAUGGGCGCCAGAGUUGCGGGAGUUGGUGAUUGGAAGUGAUAUCUCUAGCACCAAGUGUUUAUCCUUGCGUUCGAUGCCUAUUUUGACAUCAUGGGAAUCAAGCAACGUGACACUACUUGGGGAUGCCAUUCAUAACAUGACACCUAUGGGUGGCAUGGGAGCCAACACUGCGCUCCGCGACGCAGACACCCUUACGCGUUGUCUUAUCGAUGCUGCUGCCGGAAGACUCUCUAUCACUGAAAGUAUCAGAACUUACGAAGAGGAAAUGAGACUUUACGCGAACGAUGCAAUCAAGCUGUCAACAUAUAACGCGAUCAACGCUUGCAAAGGAGGUACUACGCAGCGCUUAGUGUUCCGGAGCUUCUUGCGUGCUGCCCAGACCUUUCCUCUUAUUAUGCGAGCGACUAUAGGACGAUCGUCGGUAAAGCAAGCAUGA